UGACAUGUAGACUUUUACACAGCUGGAAAGUGCUUUGUAUUCUGCCUCUUUUAUGAGAUAUCUUGUAAAUUCAGUUGCUGUGAGGUUAGGUCUGACAAAUAGAUAACUGCGUGGACCGUUACAGCACUUUUCCUGUGUGGGUGUGUCAGAGGUCCAGAGUUUAUGACUAACAAACCAUUUACUUGUCUAUUUCCCUGUGCCAGCACUUUAGAUUUGGUUUGGUUUUACUCCAUGUCUCUCAGGACAAUUGUGCACUUUGACCCAGAGGAUAUCCUGUGCUUUCUCAGCAGUUGGAGCUUGAGCGCACUGAAGCCAACAGACAAAAGAUCUUCAUAGUUUUAUGUUCUUUAAUUGCGAUAAAAACAAAGAUUGUAACAUUUUAAAAAGCAGAGACAAGACAAACUUGAAACAUCAACCUGCAAGCUUAACAAUGAUGGAAGAAGUGAAAGAUGCAUCUUCUGUUCUGAGUGUCCACUGUCAUAACAUCAAGAUUACAGAGGUGCUGCAAGACGGGGACGAACUUACCUUCAUAAUUGUAUCUCAAAAGCUUUCUGGGACGGGGGAAUACCAUGUGGACCGGACCUAUGAUGACUUUGAAUGGCUGCAGCAACACUUGUUUUCUCAGGAAGAUGUUCCCGGCAUUCAGGGAGUCAUAUUUCCUCCUCUUCCAGCCAGGCCUCAGGUGAAUGCAUCAGCCAAGGUGAUGAAACAGCUUGGUUUCCUUGGUUUAGGAGAGUGGCAGCCAUACUGCAGAGCGCUGGAAACAUUCCUCAGGCAGGUCACUGCACACAGCAUCCUUAGCAAAAAUAAAGCCAUGGAGGUCUUCCUGACUAGCACAGAUCCUCCAGGCAGACAGAAAAUAAAGAAAAACAUUUUCAACCGUCUGAGCCAAGCUGUGGAAGGAAUGAGGAAAGAAGGCCAUAAGGAUGUUGAUGAGUUCUUUCAAACUAAACGGGAUCAUAACCUUGUUCUAACUGGCUACACCAAGACUGCAGCUGAGAAAUUCCUUGAUGUGGUGCUGACAGAGCAAAAAAUUGCUGUGGCCUGUGGGCAUUUCUCAGCUUCUCUGCAUCUUUGUGUAGAACAAGGGGAUGAUCCUGAAAAACAAGCUUUCACGAGGGUUUGUGUGAAAUUAUCAGAGGUCUUUAAUUCUAUGAAGAAAAGCAUGAUGAGUGUUGCUCUGAAUGACAUGGGCACUCUUGGACUGGGCCUGGACCUGGAGUCUCGUUACCAGGAUGCAGAAAAAGAGAUGUUGUUCAGGAGAACCUGUAAACUGGUGGAGUUGGAAAAUGCCAGAAAAAAUGCAGAGAGGGCCAAACCUGUAAAGAAGACUGCUAUGGAAGAGGUGAAAAACGCAGCAGAAACGGAGUUUGAGCAGAUUUGUGAAGUUGCCAAAAAAGAGAUCGUCCAGUUGGAACGAGCACGUGUGGAAAUGUUGCAGCAGGCUCUGAUUCAGUGGUGUGAAAAGCAACUUCUCACGGCCAAAGAAAGUGCUGACGUGCUCAGCCAGCACCUGCAAGCCUUUAAAGGGAUGGCCUACUGACCUCAAUUACAUCUGGUGUGAAUAAAGAAAUCUAAACAAAAAAGAAAGAAAGAAUCUACUGAUAAUCCAACAGACUCACUCUAACCUGAACCACUGCUAUGGCCUCACAUUUGCCCUCAUCUUAACCAAAUUCUACUUUUUUUGAUAUCUUGAGAAAAGUCUUUCCUCUAUUACACUCAUUCCAAUAAAAACCAAGUAGAAAUGAUUGCUUCUUCUAUCCUAGCAGUGGGCUUUUAAAUCUGCUAAGGAAGUCCUGUGUGUUUAUGAUCGUAUAUGUGUUUUAUACUGCACUGCUACAAUAUGCUGAGAUUGUAUUGUGUUGCUCUCUAGCUACUACAUCCACUGGGGUCACACAAAAUAAAGAGUGAUGAAUUGAUUC